CCCGCUAGGUGGCGGUAUAGCCACAUUGUUCGGUUUAGUGACACUGUCUUUGUGCAAUCGAGGAAGCCAUGAUGGCAGCUACCAUGAAGGGACCUGUAGCCGUUGAAGACGUGAAUGUCACAUUCGCAGACCAACAGAAGAUCAAUAAAUUUGCCCGGAACACAAGUCGGAUGACAGAGCUGAAAAAUGAAAUAGAAGCAAAGAAAAAAUCGCUUCAGAACUUGCAGGAUGCCAGCGAUGACCUCAUGAUGUUAGACGACGACGCCCUAUUGAUCCCAUAUCAAAUCGGCGAUGUCUUUGUCAGUCACACCCAGGAAGAAACGCAAGAGCUGCUGGAGGCUGCAAAGGAAACCCUGGAGCAGGAGGUCAAAGGCCUUGAGGAACGAGUGUCAGCGAUACUGCAAGUAUUGGGUGAUCUGAAGAUCCAGCUCUAUGCCAAGUUCGGUAACAACAUUAACCUGGAGGCCGACGAAAGCUGAGCUGUGAAAUGGACUUUGACAGCUGCCCCAGCACAGACUUUUUUUUCAUGCAGCUCUCGUAUCAGAUCCACAAAACGUCAAGUAGGACUCGACAUGAACGGCUUCCACUCGUAGCUCCUGGCUUUUGUUUUGCACCCAUGUUGUAUGAUUCUUCGUUUUAGCUCAAACUAAUUCACGAGGACAACAAAGGGAAAGAUUUGUAGAUUAAAUAAAUGCACAUCAUUUCUACCGUACUGUAUUCGGUCCCUUAAUUAACGUUCAUGUUUUCUUUUACUUUCUGGAUCAAACUAAAGUAAAAAAAAAAAAAAAAUGAGAAACUAAACAGCUGUUCAGUAUUUUAGCUUGUUUCAUUUAUGAACUCACUCUCUGUUUGACUCCCCUAAAGGAAGAAAUACAUUGUCUCUGCACUGAGGGCUGAUAUCCUUAAACGUUUUCCCUCUGCUUGACCUUCAGCCCCGUCGUGGUUGUUGCCACAUCAAAUCAAGUUGAUUAAAUGAGUACCUGCUGUUACUGAUCUA